ACUUCAGCCAUGUAUCAAUCACUUCUUGGACAUAUUCUUCUGUCCGCUUCAACUGGCAGAUCUUGAAGAUUCUCGACAACUUGUGUCUCUUUCACUAUCUAACAUUCGCUCCCGAUUCCGGAAAGAAAUUGGACGUCUCGACGAAACCCACCCCCUUUUCCCCACACCACCCCAGCCUCAGCAUGUGCGGAUGCACUCUCUACGACUCGCCCACAUGCGGCCACUCCUGGCUGUCCAUGAGCCAGCCCUGCGGAUUCCUCUCCGACCUCCUCAACUGUCCCUACCGGCAAACGUACCAGACUCUCGUCGCCCCCGCCAUGACAUGUCCGAUGUGCAACGGCGGCUUCGCAGACCGGGAGACAAUGGAGAUGGUGCAAGGGCCGUGGGGCUGCAAUCAGAUGAUCCGCAAUGCCGUUGGCGGCAGCUACGCAGUCCCGGGCCAGUGGGGAAACGCACCGCUUGGGACGAGCAAUUGGGGUAAUCAGAAUAGCACGGCUUUGGUGCAGAAUAGUCGGGGCAAUCAGAAUAACACAGCUUUGGUCCAGAAUGGCUGGGGCAGUCAAGCUAUGGUGCCUGGUAACGGUUCGAGGCACGAUCACCGACCUACUGGACCGUAUGGCGCUGCGCCGAUGGUCUGCGAUGGGUAUAAUGGCAACUUUGUCGGCAAUGAUGGGUUUGGCGGUGGUGGGGAGUGGGAGUAUGGUGGUAGAGAAAGGAGGCGGAAACACAAAAGUUCGCACUAUCGCGAGUACUACCGGUCGAGCAAGCCUGCGACCAACUGCGGGGUCAUCUCGAGCCAAUCAGUCGAUACGUGGGACCGGGGUCAGGAAGCGCUUCUGCCGACGCCAGCCCCGCAACACGUCAAAGCAGCUCACUCAGUCCGUCUCGCACGCCGCUGCUCCGCCGGUCCACACUGGCUCCCCUCGGCCACACACACGCAUCUGCUCACUUCGCCCACAACACACUACGACACGAGCUACAAGCACCCUCCUCGACACGGCAGCGUCGCAGCACCAGCACCACCACGCACCAUGUCGUCCUUUUUCGAGAACCUCUGGCUCUCCAUCUUCACGCCGGGCCCCACGCCGACGCUGCUCGUCGCAACAAACGCCUCAUUUGCAGCGCUGCAGCUCCUCUUCUUCACCAUGCUUAUCGCCACUCGCAGCAUCCACUUCAUCAUCCUGUCGUGCCUGUGCGGCGGCCUGUGGUGGAGCAUCAACUGGUUUGCUGCCGAGAUACGCGCGGCGCAGGCCAAAGAGGAGGAAGCCCAGCGCAUCCGCGAGGCGCGGCGCGGGGAGAAGGGCGGCAAGGGGGCUGAGGGGCAGGCGCUGGAUUCUGGGGACGAUACGGAGAUGGAGGGCCAGGGCCAGGCGGCGCAGGCUAAGAAGAGCGUGCGCAUUGAGAGGCCGGCUGAGGCGAGGGCGCGCGAGGAGACGCCUAAGCCGGAGUUUGGAGGCUUGUCUGCGGCUACUGCGGGUGCGACGGGGCUCUCGCAGCUUGGGGAUGGAGCGCUGAAGCAGAGGAGGGGGCUGGGCGAGUCGACGGGCGAUCUGAGCACCGACUCGGAGUGGGAGAAGCUAGGCUCUACGCCCACACAACCCACCUCAUCUCCCGUCACACCGUCACACCCCGCCAUGGCCGCGCCCGUGAGCGUCGCGGACCUCGUCGCCCAAGCCGGCAACUACACCUACAAUGGCCAUAUCCCUCUGGCCGCCUGGCUGCGCACCGCCAGCACCAUGCAGAAAGAAGCCCAAGUCUACGAGCAGGAGGGCAACGAUGCACAGAUGUACCUGCUGUUGUACCGCCACGCCGACCUCGUCUUGCAGAAGCUGCAGACGCAUCCGGACAGGAACAGGCCUGAGAACCGACGCGCGCUGAAUGCCGCUACUACGACUGUGUACAGCGAUUUGAAGAAGCUGGAGGCGAUUGCGCCAAGGAUUAAGAGGAGGCAUGAGGAGUAUGAGCAGAGAAGGGGCAGGCAGUUGGAUGCGUUGAAGACGCUGGAGGGUCAGGCUGGGCUGCAGGAGCUGGAUGGUGAGGGGUGGAAGGGUUAUGAAUCGAGGCCGGCGCUGGACGCGCAGGAGAAUCAGUCGCUGGCUGCCAGGCUGGCGCAGAGGGAAGUCCACCGGCGGGACACGGUGAGGAGGUCGGGCGGGCUGUGGGAUCACGUCGUGCUGCCGGGUGAGGAGGGGCAGGAUCUGUCGAGCCAGCUGCAGGAGGUUGCGCGGCUGCAGCAGAACGGGCAUAGGACGUCGUACUCUUCGCGUCCAUCCUCGCAGUCUACGACUCCUUACAACUACCCCUCCGUCCCCCACAAGUCCGCCCAGGAACGAUGGCAAAUACGUCGACCCAUACCGCCGCCCCCCGUGCGAGAACGAAAUGCGGAUGCCAUGCGUGCCGACGAUCCAGUCCAGUGGGUGGGCUGCGGGCUCGAAGUCAGUUAG